AUGGUAGAUGAAUCAAGGGCAAGUCCAGGAUCUAUCCUUGAAGUCUUACUACAAAGUUUCAAAUCUGGUGAAGGUACCCAAAGAUUGUUGAAUCACUUGGUGAUCAUAACCAUGGACCCCCAAGCUUUUGAGUAUUGCAGGGCCUUGCAUCCCCUUUGCAUCCACCCCUCAACCUUUGCACAUUAUUUUACCACCAAAAGACAAUCCAACACAACCCCAGAUCAUAAUGCAUAUAGUUGGAGAAGAAACAAUGUUUUGUUAGAAGUGGUUGAAUUGGGUUAUAACAUAGUUUUCACGGAUGCGGAUGUAUUGUGGCUUAGAAGUCCAUUUUUACACUUCAAUCCAGUGUAUGAACUCACAAUUUCAUGUAAUUUCUCAAGUGAUGGACAAAGUGGAGGUUACAUGCAUGAUGGGGGAAUCUUCUACUUGAAGGCAAAUAUCAUAUCGUUUGAAUUCUUCAAGUACUGGAAAUUAACCAAUAUUCUGUAUCCAAACUCUCUUGAUGAAGAUUCCUUAUGUACAACUAUAAUGCAAAGUGAAGAUGUUGAAGCUCUUGGCUUCCGUGUUAAGCUUGUAAAUUCAACUUAUUUUGGUGGAUUUUGUCAGCUAAAUAAGGAUAUGUUGAGGGAGGCUUAUACCAUCCAUACCAACUGUUGCAAUGAUCUCAGAAGCAAAGUUCAUGACAUGAGGAUUGUUCUUGAUGAUUGGAUCCGCUUUAGAAACCGU